AUGGAGUUCACUAACGGUCAGUUGGCUCUGGAGGAAUAUGAGGUUCCGUCUGGUCGUGUAACGGGCUUGAAGACUGUCUCUGAACGCAUCAAGAUGGAAGUAGCUGAUGUGAAACAAGACGAGCGAGAUUUUAAGGAGGUAUUUCAAGAAUUCGGAGAUGCUACAACGUUCCACGGCAUUCGUUACAUCACCAAUAGUUCCAACCAUAUUGUUAGAAGAUUGAUUUGGCUUAUGGCUGUGGCUGGGAUGAUAGUAUGGCUUACAAUUUCCUUGAUGGAAUCAGUGACCUUACUCCGGCAGCAUGAUGAAAUAACAUCGAUAUCAAUAAACUAUCUCACUGACGUCAAGUUCCCAGCCGUUACUCUAUGUAAUUACAACCAGUUCCGGGAUGGGUCGAUGCCCAAAGCUGCCAUCGAGACCCUGUCCUUGGUUUACGGUGGGGCCUCCGCUCACUCUGCUGACACGAUCAUAGACACAACACCCCUACAAGACGUUUUCAAAAACAAAACAGAUAGCGAAAACAUUGAAAUUUUGAAAGAUGCAUCUCAUCAAAUUGAAGACAUGAUCAUCGAGUGCAAAUGGAGGAGUAAACCGUGUUCUCAUCUCAACUUUACCCAACGUGUUCUUGACCAAGGCGUGUGUUAUACCUUCAAUGAUCCUGUGGAUGAGAAAGAUAUACUGAGAGUCCAUAAUCCGGGUAGCAAAAAUGGACUUUUCCUGCGUCUAAAUAUUCAACAAAACCUGUACACAUUUGGUGAGACCACUGCUGCAGGAAUGAAGGUCUUAUUGCAUCCACAAGGCGAGUUACCCAUCAUCAAGGAACUUGCUUUCUCGAUAUCACCAGGAUUUGAAACGUCCGUUGCAGUGAGACAGAAAGUGAUAAACAGUCUUCCGGCGCCUUUUAAAGAUAACUGCACCAACACCAAAUUCACAGAUUACUCAUUUAAUUAUUCAGUACCAGCAUGCAAUUUUCUCUGCAAGGUCCGUUAUGUUGUAGAUAAAUGUGGUUGCCGUGACUACAAAUGGCCUGGAAACGAGCCAUUUUGCAAUGUAUAUCAACAGGUGUACUGCAUCUACGGCUAUGAAGGUGAUGUUGGUGGCUACAUGGGUUUACUUUGUGGGAUGAGUCUACUGACGGUGCUGGAAUGGGCAGACUUCAUCUUCAUCAACCUCUUGAACAAGUUUUGGUCCAUCAAGAAAGCCAAUUGA